CCCAUAUAUGGGGAUUUUAUCAGCCAGCCAAUGAGAUCGCAGUGGGGUGGGGAGCCUGAGAGACAGACACUGACUCAAUCAGAGGAAACUGACUCAGACGGAGACGGACAGAUUGACUGUGGGAGAGGGAGGGACAGACAGAGAAAAGAGAGAAAGACCAGUGAAGUCAUCCAAACUUCAGCAAAGUCAGAAGCUACCUCCCGCAAGAGCAUCAUGAGCUCCCAGUUUAACAAGGGCCCGUCCUAUGGACUUUCUGCAGAAGUCAAGAACAGGGUGAGAAUUUGGGGAUGUGGAGGGAAGGUGUGGCAUGCUGGGGAGAGAACUAUGGCUGCGCAGAUUGCUAGGUGCAACAUAUCACAUAUAUGUACUGGUGCAUACAUAGCUCAUACAUGUACUGGUACAUACAUAUCUCAUACACGUACUGGUACAUACAUAUCUGAUACAUGUACUGGUGCAUACAUAUCUCAUACAUGUACUGGUACAUACAUAUCUCAUACACGUACUGGUGCAUACAUAUCUCAUACAUGUACUGGUACAUACAUAUCUCAUACACGUACUGGUACAUACAUAUCUCAUACAUGUACUGGUACAUACAUAUCUCAUACACGUACUAUUGCAUACAUAUCUCAUACAUGUACUGGUACAUACAUAUCUCAUACAUGAAUACAUAUCUCAUACAUGUACUGGUACAUACAUAUCUCAUACAUGUACUGGUGCAUACAUAUCUCAUACACGUACUGGUACAUACAUAUCUCAUACAUGUACUAGUGCAUACAUAUCUCAUACAUGUACUGGUACACACAUAUCUCAUACAUGAAUACAUAUCUCAUACAUGUACUGGUACAUACAUAUCUCAAAAAUGUACUGGUGCAUACAUAUAUCAUACAUGAAUACAUGUACUGGACAUGCUAUAUCAAUAUCACAAUACUUGCUACUUGUAAAUGCUUUCAGAGUGAGGUGAAUUAUUCUCAGUAUUGACCCUAUGGUAAUAUACAUAAUAAUAUAGAUUUUUCACUACAGCCCCCCUAAGGUUUAAAUCAGUUGGUGUCUCCUAAUGGUAACUCCCAAGUUAUUAUAGAAGUACAACUCCUAUGAUACACUGGCCAAAGUAUCAUGUGAGUUGUAGUUCUGCAUCAGCUGGAGAUCUACCUUAUUUUUUAUUUCUUUGAUAUGCCUAGGUUAAAGCCUAUUCCGCUCUAUAUUGUCCCUUUCCCCAUCACCACUUGGGCAUGGUGGCAUCAGUCUUUCCAUCGUUUCUGACCUCAGUACCUACUUUACAAUACGAUCAAAACAAAUGCAAUUUGUUGUUUUUUUUCUCCUGUACAUAUUUUCUGUAUGCUGGUACCAUUAUCUUCCCUAUGCUCACCUGCAUACACUUCUUCCUUUUUACAAAUUGCAUGUAGGUAUAUGAGUCUCCUGAGUCUGACAUGACAGAACUGUCCUGUCAUUUCUCUGCUUCAGGACCAGAUGUAAUCAUUUUGGUCUCUUGUGCUCCAAAGGCUAGGUAUGAGUAAACUUUAGUGACAUGGUGAGCAUUUAUACUGAAUUCCAAGUACGGUAGGUCUGGGCAGAUUUUGUUUUUUUGAAGUACAUCUUUUCCACUGAAUAUGAGUGCAAGCAGGCUGAUAGCUGAUGAUAUGCUAAAUCACUCAAUAAUUUACUGAGCAAGCCUAGAUGUGUUCCUGGUGACUUGAUGAGGGUCACUACAGUAGUGCUAUGUACACACCACACACCCUGCAAGUGCAUACCUUAUUAAAAAUCAUGGUCAAUAUUUAUUAAUUCCUCCCACUAUAACACUAUCUGAUGUGCUGUGCUGUGCAAAUACUCUUGUCUGGGACAGGCAGAUGGAAUUUUUGGAAUCCACAAAGAUUCCAACAUUUUUUUUUUAUCUGGCAAUUCCCCAAAAGAGGGGGUGCAUUUUUUUUUUUUUUUUACAUUCUUACCCAUAUGGUAUUUAUUCACCAAACUGGUAUCUGGUAAAAAUUGCAAAAACAUAUCAAUUGGAGAAUAUUUCCAAUUUAUCUGUUUUUAUCUUAAAUGUAAUAUAUUGCAGGGUGUUACUGUUAUUAUAAUCUUGUUGCUUAUAGAACAUCAGCAUCAUUCACAUUGAUUUUACAAGUGAGUGCGGGGAGUACAGCAUAUAUACAGUAUAAGACAAAACAAUUAAACCAGGAAAUAUUGGGAGAGGUUUGCUUAAUUCCUGUACUGUUGACAGUCACUAAAGUAUGUGACAGUAUUGAUUUCAGGUGCUUAGAUUUUGAUGAGCUUGUAUACAACCCUCUUGAACAAGGUGCUUAGAUCCCCAUCGGCUUACAGAUAAAUUUACAUUUUCUUUUUGGUGUGCAAUAACACAACUGCUUUUUUGUUUGACUAAAUUGUACAAUUUGGCUUGCAGUUUUCUUUAGUCUUGUCUUGAAUAAACUCUAUUCUUUACUUAUUUUCUUUUUAACUUGUUUUACAAUGUUUUAAAGGUACCCUGUAGGCACUGUAACUGCUUCAUCUUAUUGAAGUGUUUAUAGUGUCAAGUCCCCUGACUCUGGACAUCUGUUUAGCAAUAAAGAGUUUUUAAUGUUUUAUUGCGAAACAAUCCCAUCCUCUCAGUGCUGUUUUUGCUAAUGAGGAAGCAUUAGCCUGAGCAUCAAGGGUUCGCUGUGAUUGGCUGAGAGUGUUUGAACUACUAUGAACUACUACUACUAUGAACUACUAUGGCUGAAAAGAUGUAUGCAAUUUGUACCUUAGAUAUACCUCCGAGUAGGGAACCAGCUGGGGCUGCCUAUGGACCCUUAUUUAAUGUUAAACCGCUCGAAAAUGGAUAAACACUGAAUGGAGAAACAGCACCAGAGGACUCAAUGAGAUAAAAUGGUAACAGUGCUUACAGUGUCUCUUAAGAGAUGUCUGUCUACAUGAAAAGGAUUGUAAACAAAAGUAGUGCUCUAAUUUAAUAUGAAGUUACAUAAUGUGAAAAUGGCGGGAUUAGAGAAAAACCUGUGAUGAAAACAUAUGGCUGCCUGUGCUGUGUUAGUCUGAAUAAUUUUACAGAGAAUUACAUUUGAGCUUUUAUAUUUAUGAUUUGGGCAUCAGUGCAGUCUAUAAAGGAGUUACUGCUCUUGACUGUCAUCUGUUAAAGGAACAGUCCAAACACCAUAACUUAUAUAGCACGUUCAUAGGAUAAGUAGUCAGAUGUUUUGCUGAAGGCUUUACAAUUUACCUGGGGCCGCCGGCCAAGAAGCUGUAGCAUUGAGCUAAGCCCAGCUAUAUAGAAUAUAUCAUCGGUUGAGACUGCACAGCAAACACUUUCAGCCACUGAGUACUACAGGCUUAGUUUGGGAGAGUUUAUAGAAGCUCCUUGGGGGAGAUUUAAAAAAAAAUAAUAAAAAAUUCCUUGUAGAAGCUUCCAGGCUCCAGAGAAAGAGAUGACUGGUGCCCAGUAGACUGAGGCAAGUUGUCAAACCACUUGCACGGAGUUUUACUACUUACACAGGGAGGAUUCUAGAUUAUAACAAAACCUGCUGCCAACUUCCUUUUAUUACAUAACUCCCACGUGUCCCUAUUUAGAAGGGACAAUCCCUAUUUUGGAAUCAAAUCCCUCUGCCCCUCUUUUCUUUCCUAAUGUCCCAUUUUUCUAGGAGUUCCAUAUUGUUGUCUGAGUGUAUCACUGAACUUCACAGCAAUAAAACUCACAGUAAUGUGUUUUUGAACUACAAUAAAUGUGUUUAGAAAUUGUUCUGUCUAAAUAAGAUAAAUCGUUCUUUUCUAAAUUACAUUUUAUUUCAAUUAAUAUUUCCAAGUCACCUAAAUUUUCUUAGAACAGCCUGUCCCUGACCAGACCCCUAAAUGCAUUGAGGCAAAAUAUUCAGCUUUUAUACUGAGCAUUUCUAUGCUAUUGUUUAUGAAGGUGCAACAUAUAACUCAAAACGAUACAAUGGGUCAAUAUAAGACACAACCUGUAGACUCAUUACAAAUCAUGUGAGUUCGACACAAAACGGACAUGCUUCCCACCUGUUAAUGAAUUAACUCAAUUAAUCCAGUCCAACCCCAUAUUCAUAUUUGUUGUUAAAAUGCCUAAAUUAUUAUUCAAAGGUGUUCUCAUCGUAUAACAACCGCCUGACAGCGAUCCUUCAGUUCUCUUAACUUUUGCCAAGUAGACAUGUCAGUACAAACUAGACCAGUCCUUGUAAAUCUGGCACCCUCUGCAAACUGUAACUUUACAUUCUUACACUGCUUAUCUUCUCAUAGAAAGGCGUUUGAUUGGACGGCUUCAGCGCUUACAUACGUUCAGAGCCACCGAGGGGGUGGAUUGGUGGAGGAGAAUUGAUUUUUAAAUAGAUUUCAGCAUUGGAGUGAGACAGGGGGAGCGCACAUAGGGAAGAGAAAGCAAGCUUGCUGCCUGCAAAGGAGAAGCUAAUUAUGUCCAUUGCAUAUUUUUUUGCACAGAAUUGACAUUUGGCAGUCCUGAACAGAGUUUAAGGCUGCCAAAGUCACAUGUGCUGGGGGUGUAACUAGCCCCCCAGCACACAAGUGCAAAUAUCUAAUUAUGUGCAGCAUGUCAAGCUGAAAAGACAUGCAGACUCCUACCACCAUGACCACUACUAAAAGCAGAAGUGGUCAUAGCGGUCGAAAUAAUCCUUCAAACCCCCUUCUUUGAUCCUACUCUACAGGAUACAGCCCCCAUCUCACUUCCUUGUGUUGUGAAUAAAACUGAACGUAGUGGUAGGUGGUUUUCUUAGAAGCUGGGACUAACUUUGAAUGGUUCAUUCUGUGAGACUGACUUUGUGCAAAGAGGACAGGAUUGUAUAGAGCACUCUAAAUUUAAUGGGAAACUCAAAGCAUCAUAACCACCCCAGCCCACUUGGUUGGUUAUGGUGCCAGGAGUGCCUUGGUGCUGUCACUUGGAAAGAAGUCAAACCAUAUAGUGGAUUUUAACACAUUUACUUGUGCCUUAAGAGGUGCUUACAGCCGUAGCCCCUGUAAGUUAGCUAUGCUUCAAAUUUGGCUACUGAUUUUGGCAUUAGUGAAUAACCUGUAGGACUGCUUAAUGGGGAACACUACAAAGGCACUCCUGGCACCAUAGUCACUAGAAUGAGCUGUUGUGGUUAGGGCACUUGGAGUGCUUCUGUAAAAGCCGUCCAUUUUAAAUUGUCAAGUGCCAUGAGUGCUCCUGCCCCUCCCUUCAGAGUAAGAAGUGUGGGAACUCUGCAAAUAUAGUAACGGAUAGGUCGCCCCCUAGAAAAUGAUGGAGGAGUGUUGAUGUCAUUUGUCAGAAGAAGCUGGAAAAUUAUAUAUUCUGCAGUUGUUAAAGCAUAACUAAAUAUUAAUAUUGUGUAUGGUAUUUCUUUAUUGCUAAAGUCACAAGCCACUAACAUGAAAACAAUCCUCCAGGCAUUUCUUUCGCUGACAUUGAAGCAUAUUUUUUAUCAUGCUCUGGGGAUAAAACAUUUUCAAUUUCUAGAAGUUGGACUGCAUUACGAUUCGAGAGAAAAGGGACCAACCCAUGGAACGAUUACUCCAACCACCACGAUCACUUCUACUUUUAGAAAUGGUCACGGUGGUAGGAGUCUGUACAUGCAACAUUUCUGCUUGAAAUGCUGCACAUCCAGAGAUAUUUGGAUUUUGUGCCCGGUCUAGUUACACACCCUACACACGUGACAUUAGCAGGCUGGAGCUAUGCCAAAUGUCAAUUCUAUGCAUAUUUUAUCUCUGUCAUGAGUGCACUUGUGACAGGUGUAAUGGAAAGUUGUGUCUCCCCUCACUCCCUACUCACUAUACUGUCCGCUAUUUUAUUUUUCUUGUACUGCCCUCCUCCUUUCUCUCCCCACUUACUAUGGCCAGUUCAGAGCUGGUUAAAUGUUCCAAUCAAAGCCUUCUGUAUGAUAAGCCUUUGAAUUGACCACUGCGUAUCUCCCGUAUUGUCAGCUCAAGGAGCAUUGCCCUGCAUUGGAUACAGGGUACAUAAAGCCUUAGUUUAAUACCUUUUUUUAGCGAUUGGAAUACGGGUUUGACCUAAAGAAUAAUGCCCUAUAGAUAUAAAUGGUCGUCAUAACCCUUGAAAUUGGAUCCCUGUGGCAUUUUAUUGAGUCCCCACUGGUUGGAAAAGGCAUAUAGUAUUAGUAAAGCCCCUAACUGCCCUAUAAUUUGUUUGAGUAGCAGCACAACAUUCCCAAAUGCAAUUGUAGGCAUUUUGCAUAUGGUAAUUCAUUUUAGUGAUAUAUACCGUAUAUAUAAAUGAACUGCAUUGAACUGCUCUUAGCUUGGAGGAAACAUCUGGCUUCUACUGCAAGAGAAACUGGAUUCUGCACAUUCACCGGAAGACAAAACAGGUUGACAAAUUACUCUGGGAGGGUGCCAAGGCCACCUUGCACCAAAACCACUGCUGUAGUGGUUGUGGUGUUUCUUUAAUACUAUCCGCGAUAGCAAGCAUGUGCCAUCAAGCAAAAUAUGCUAUAUGAAAGUUCUAAAAGUCAUGUUUUAGUUUUGCUUUUAGACUGGAUAAUAUGAUCCUUUCAAUCACAUCUGGCACUGAAACUGUUAAUUAUGCCUUCCUUACACACUUACAAAAAUAAACAUUUCCUGUGAAGUAUGGCAUCUUUACACAUACACAAAAAGUCUCUUUCCCAUUUAUGGUCUGGCUUUUGUUUCCAGAAGACUUUGAAAAGAGUAUCAUGGCAGUGAUUGCUGAUCUUGAAAAUGGUGAUUGUAUUACAUGUUAAGACAGGAAGGAAAACACAGCUUUAGUUCUUCUCCUGUUUUAAGGGGGGUGGGAAAUCUCCUGUUCUGGCUCUAAGAUGCUAACCUAUAGUGAGGGACUGAGCCGCUCUAGACUGUGACGGAAAAAUAGGGAAAGCCAGGGCUGGAGGUCAUACACUACUUUUUUUUUCAGGUGGGUGGCGAUUCACAAAUGUGCUUGAUCGCCUCUUACCCAAUGUUAUCAAGCAUUGUAUUCAUAAAAUCCACGCCCACUAUAUGCAUAUGAAUACAUCUGUAUAUUAAAUGGACACUCUUAGCACCAAAAGCACUGCGUCUUAAAGUGGCUCUGUCGCACAAAAAAUAAUUUAGGAGCAUUGCAUAAAGAUAACAUUUUUAUGAAUUGCUCACAUUGACUAUGCUGGAAUUUCCUUGAUACUCCAAACAGUCAAAAGAUAUAAAACAAAGUAGGUUAUUACUUUGUCUUAUGGCAAAGCUUAUGAGUACUCUUUGGUUUAUUUACUGAAGUGAGAAUUGUGGAGAAUUUCAGGUAUAUUGCAAAUUUAAGGCGAAAAUCUCAGAAGUGAGAAAAUUUGCAACCUACUUUUCCAGCAAGACCAUUUGGGCAAAAAAAAGGGAAAUUCCGUUGUCAGUUAUCUACAAUUCCCUGUUUAAUAAACCCGAAAUACUUUUCCUGCAAGGAAAGUUAUUACUUGUGAGUUAUCUGACACAAUAGAGGCUGCCUCUGUAAUGAUUCAUUUUUUGUUCUGCAGAAUUUUUGCCAUAAAUGUCUGUGGAACCUAGUGAAACCAAAGCUGCAUACCUAACACUGCAGUGUAGAUCAGAAACAAAAGGAUUAACUGUGUGUAGUUAAAUGACAGGAAGGAGUACAGAAGGAAGCUACAGCUGUACAGAAUGAGAAACAAUCAAACUACAAGAUUUCUUCAAGCUUUCUUAUUUUUAUAUAAGUAUUUUAUUUAUAAAAUGUAUUAAAGGCUAUAGAAAACCAGAUAUUUUCUGUACCUUACUUUAGCAAUGAUUAAAUGGGCAAACACCCUCCUCCCUAUCACUGACCCAGGAAGCACCUCUCUUAAAAGGCAGUGCUUACAUUAAAAAGCCUGCAGGAACAUGGCGUAGACGCCCGAAUAACCUAGAUUAAGCUGUAGUUGUUCUGGUGACUAUAGUACCUCUUUAAAGGACCACUAUAGGCACCCAGACCACUUCAGCUUAAUGAAGUGGUUUGGGUGCCAGGUCCAUCUAGGAUUAACCCUUCCUGCUGUAUACAUAGCAGUUUCAGAGUUUCUCUGAAACUAUGUUUACCUAUGGGUUAAUCCAGCCUCUAGCGGCUGUCUCAUUGACAGCCGCUAGAGGCGCUUCUGCACUUCUCACUGUGAUUUUCACAGUGAGAAGCCGCCAGCGUCCAUAGGAAAGCAUUGAGAAUGCUUUCCUAUGGACUGACUGAAUGCGCGCGUGGCUCUUGCCGCUCAUGCGCAUUCAGCCGAUGACGGGGAAAGGAGACGGAGAGUCCCCACCGCCAAGGGAGCCCGGCGGUAGAGAAAAGGUGAGUGUUUAACCCCUUCCUCACCCUAGAGCCCGGCGGAGGGGGACCCUAAGGGUGGGGGGGACCUAGAGACCCUGUAGUGCCAGGAAAACGAGUAUGUAAACACUGCUUUUAGAUCACUGCCUAGAAACAACACUAGUGGCAGUCAUUUAGAAGGCCACUAUAGGUGCUUCCUUGGUCAGUGCUGCACAAUGUUCAUGGAGGCGCAUUGAUUCAAUGCAUCUCUGAGGAGAUGCUGAUUGACACAGUGUGGCGUUUUGCUGCGCAUGCGCGAUAGCUUCUCAAUGGUUUGCUGUGGGAAUGCAUUGGAUUGGAUGAAAUCAUCAAGUUGUAUAGUAAAUCUUCCUACCCUGACCUGAUAGUCAUGUAGUUGUUUCUGCAAAUAUGUAUUCAUAAUUUUUUUAGUAACGUGCUACCCCUGGGCAGUGAAAGGAUUAAAAAUGUUUUGUAAUAACUGGUUUAAUUACUGGGUGGGUUUAUCAUGUGUUGAGUGAAGUGACAUUGAAUUACACACCCUCCUGUGAAUGACACAUUACCCUACAUGACACAAUGUUUUGUAGAUAAUCCACACUAAUGGCAAUAGGACUGAAGUUGCUGCGGUGUAUGUAACAACCUAUUUAUAUUGACUUUUUCAGCUGGCAUUGAAAUAUGAUCCCCAAAAGGAGAAUGAACUCCAGGUCUGGAUAGAGGAGGUCACAGGGAUGUCCAUUGGACAAGACUUCCAGAAAGGGCUGCAAGAUGGUGUUAUCUUGUGCGAGUGAGUACAAGGGUGUAUAAAUGGCACUUGAACAUUGGCUAAUUUGUCACUAAGUCACUGACUUAUAUUGUUAGUGUUCACACCCACCUUCUAUAAUGAUAGUUUAUAGCCCCCUACUAAUAGUGUGUCAUUUUACUUGAACAAUGUUUGGAAGAGAAUUGUUAAGCACAUUGAGCACUAGUAAUUAGUUAAUUGGUAAUUUCCUAAUCUCAUUCAUGCAGACUCAUGAACAAGCUCAGCCCAAACGCCAUUCCAAAAGUGAAUAUCUCCAAACAGAACUGGCACAAGGUAAGUAAAACAAUCAUCAAAAAUGAAAGGCUUGGUAGAAAGAAUCUGUUUUGUAAAAUUCAAAUUAGUUGGUGCAUAUUAUCUGAUUUCAUUUUUGGCUUGGGUAACUGGAUGUAAUCAAUAGGUUGUACGCUUUCACACCAGGAGUUGAGAACAAACUAACAUAAAACAUUGUUUAAGUGAUACUUUUAUUGGUUAACGAAUUGGCAAGCUUUCAGCACACUAAGGUCCCUUCAUUAGGCAUGUUUGUUGGGUGAAGCUCAUAUAUUUAAUUAUACAUUGUUUGCAAGAAAAAAAAUACAAAUAAAUACACAAAUUACAUUAAGAUGAAAUAGUUUGUGGUGGAAAAUAAUGAAAGAAAGUGUCUGCAAUUUGUGUAUAUGUAUUUAUUUCUUUAUCCUGUAAGUUGUUCAUCAAUAUGUCAGAGCUUCACCAAACAAACCUGCCUAAAGAGACCUUAAAGGAUCACUAUAGUGUCAGGAAAACUAAGCGGUUUUCCUGACACUAUAGUGCCCUGAGGGUGCCCCCACCCUCAGGGUCCCCCCUCUCAUGGCACUGAAGGACUCCCUCGGCGGAGCCGAAUGCGCAUGCGCGGCAUUCAGGCUGUCUAUAGGAAAGCCUUUUUCAAUGCUUUCCUAUGGACUCUCUGCGUGAUGGAGGCAUAAUAUGCCUCAUGCGUCGCAGAUGUGCCUCUAGUGACAUCUCUGAAACUGCUGUGUUUGCAUCUGCAGGGUUAAAACCUGAGGGACAUUGCACCCAGACCAUUUCAUUGAGCUGAAGGGGUCUGGGUGACUAUAGUGUCCCUUUAACAUCCAGAAAGCUUCCAAAAUAUCCAUCUUUCAUUAACAGAGAAAGGAAUCGUUUAUACAACUUUUUUUUUCUAUUCUCAUUUAGUUAACUUGUUAAUACGGUACCAAUAAAACAAUUGAUCGUAUAUCAGUAAUUGAUAUAGUAGGCAUUUUGGUACACACUCCUUAACAUACCGUUGAAUGUCAAUGUUGGCAGGCCUGCUUUAAAAUGAACAAUUGUAGAGGUGAUUGCUGUUCUACAAGUAGUGUAAAAUUUGUACCAAUUUAGAAUGGAACCUAUCAGUGAAAAUAAAACCACUGCCACACUUCAUAUCCAAUUUAUGCAGCAAUCAUAGAUCCAGUGUUCUAUUGAGGGCUGUCCACCUCCAUUGGAAGGCUGGAGCACAUUGCUCCCAGUUGGGCAGCAUUGUAAACUCUGCCAACUCUUGGCACGUGCCUUUUUUAAUGGAAAUUAGACGCAUCGCCUUACCUCCAGUCCUAGCUGGUCUACAUCAUGCAUGCGACCUCAUUGUAGGACCAUUUGGGGACGGAGGGGUGUCAGGAACCAAAUAAAUGGCACUUAACUAUUUAAAUAGUGCCCGGUCGUGGUUUCCUUUGUGGUUCCUGAUUAAGAAAUUUUCUCUGUAUUUCUGACUUCUGGUAUCUCUGUUACUUUGACUUUGGCUAGUUUUCUAAUUUCUCUGCAUCUCCCAAAUCCUGAUCUUAGCUUUGUUACGAUUUUUUCCUUAUUCUUGUGUUAUCUCGUUACUGUAUUCUCUGAUUUCGACCUGAGUUUUCUGUGGUGGGGUACAGUAAUAGAGGAUACAGUAGUCCUGACAUUACAGUAAUCUUGACAUUCUCUUUAAAUGGUUAAUGAAUAAAGACCAUCCUUAUGCAGUAUAAGACUUAUAUUUAUUUUUAUAAGGUAAAGGAUACACAUUAUUUAUUAGAAGAAUGUGAUUACACUUGAUGUGGCAUGUUUAUAUUUUAUCAUUUUUAUCAUUUGAGGAUAUCAUGGAUUUUCAGUAUAGUUUUCAUCCAGGAAACUAUGCAAUCUCUACAAGAUGUAAACUAUUUCAACAUUUUACCAAAAAAAACUAAUUUACAAAACAUUAAUCUGAUUUCUUAUCCAGCUUGAGAACCUCUCCAACUUUAUUAAAGCCAUGUCAAGAUAUGGGAUAAAAUCUGUGGACCUGUUUGAAGCCAAUGACCUAUUUGAGAAUGGAAACAUGACCCAAGUCCAGGUCUCUUUACUGGCACUAGCUGGAAUGGUAAGUAUGCAUUUGUGGUGGGGGGUAUCUUUCCUUCCACAUAUAUGUGGACAAAUAUGUAAUGAACAUAUGCUAAUCUGUAUUUGGUUUUUCUUUUACUUGCUGUGAAUUAUGUACAAAUGAUUUGCAAAGGGAUUGUACAUUUUAGUAGAAAUUUGUUGAACUUGAAAAUAUCUUCCAAUCACUUAUUCUAAUACAAUGCAAUUUUACAGCUUAUAUAUUUUGGCAUAACAUUUUCAGUUCUCCACAAUUUCUGUUUAAAGGUACACUAUAGCCACCAAAACAACUUUAUCACAAUAAAGCUGUUUUUGUGUAUACAUCAUGCCCCUGCAGUCUUGCUGUUCAAUACUCUGCUAUUUGGGAGUUAUAUCACUUUGUUUAUAUAGCUCCAGUUAUACCUCCCUGCAUGUGACUUGCACAGCCUUCCUAAAUACUUCCUGUAAAGAGUCAUCUAAUGUUAACACUUCCUUUAUUGCACAUUCAUUUUCAUUUAAAUUUUCUUAUCUCCUGCUCUGUUAACAGAUCGAUAGCUCUUGUAGGAGCCUCCUGUAUGUGAUUAAAGUUCAAUUUAGAGAGUAGGAGAUAACAACUAAAGUUAACAUCUGAUUGAAAAUGAAACCACUUUUUUCAUGCAGGCUGUGUCAUUCAAAGCCAGGGAAGGUGUGGCUAAGGCUGCUUAAACAGAAACAAAAGUGAUUUCACUCCUAAAUGGCAGAGAAUUGAACAGUGAGACUGCAGAGGCAUGAUCUGUACACCAAAACUGCUUCAUUAAGCUAAAGUUGUAUUGGUGGUUAUAGUGUACCUUCAAACAAAUAAACAUCAUGGUUUACCUUGUGAGCAAUCUGUUAAAUAACAUUCCAUGAGAAAGUAAGGUUGACAUCCAGUUGACAGCUGAUGGUAUUGUUUUUUCUAUUCUACAAAAAUACACAUAAUGACCUUUUAAAUAUUGAAAGGCAUAGAUUAAUGAAGAUCUAUGUUUAUUUAGCUUGGUUUAUAUUCUCACAUGUCUGCUUCAGCUCUUGGGGGGUGGGGGGGACCCUAACAACUUGAUGAUUGGUUUACCAGCUUUUAAACAAACGUCAGCAAAUUGUUUAGGAAUGUACUAAUGUAAUCAUUUAUUUAUAUAGUGCUAAAAUAUUUCACAAUGCUAAAUGCAAUGAGUUAUGGAUAUAAUUGAUAAAGUUUGGCAGACAGAAACUAAUAUAAUAGGGUUUGACUGUCCUGCCUGCAAGAUUACUAUUUAUGCACACUAUAUCUCUACAGAAAUAUUUGUUUAAUAUCAGAUUUUCUCAUGUCUACAGCAAUGUGGGCAGAUAAGAUAUGUAGAGUGAAAGAGUGAAAAAUGAUCAAAAUGGGGUAAAAACACAAUUGUAACUUUCUUUACUGCAGUUUAGGAUGUGCUUAAAGUUAAAUGGGUUGAUAAAAUAAUUUCAUGAGUGUCACUUCAAUAUUUUGUGCUGCUGUUUUAGGCAAAGACACGUGGUCUGCAGAGUGAUGUUGAUAUUGGAGUGAAAUAUGCCGAGAAGCAAGAGAGAAACUUUGAUGAGAACACAAAGAAAGCAGGGCAAUGUGUUAUUGGGCUGCAGGUGAGCUGGUGGUGGGACUAAGGUGAUUUUAAAUUCUGGAGGGGAACAACAUGAACCGCAGCUGACAGAGGUGGGAGGAAGUGUUUCAGAAGGAUAAGGGAGAGACGUGGCUUGGUAAAAAGCUAUUGGUUUGUUACUUUAUGAUUGAAUUACAACCAUUUUUCUUUUUUUUUUGCAGAUGGGCACAAAUAAAUGUGCCAGUCAGUCUGGCAUGACAGCUUAUGGCACAAGAAGGCAUCUUUAUGACCCAAAACACAACAUUUUGCCACCUAUGGACCAUUCCACAAUUAGUCUACAGAUGGGCACCAACAAAGGUGCAAGCCAGGUAAGCGACAAAGGCUAUUCAUUGGCUGAUGGAAUGGGAGGUUAUAGAAAUCAUGAAAGCACUAAAUUCAUUAUAAAUUCCUCAAUCAUAUUUUAGAUUGUUUUGUAUUAACUUGUGUAUUUUGUUGGAAAGCAGAAAUCAUGCUUACUUGGAAUUAUUAUUAUUGGCAUUUAUAUAGCGCCAACAAAUUCCGUAGCGCUUUACAAUAUUAUAGGAGGGGGAGAUUUAACAAUAAAUGAGACAAUUACAAAAAAUUACACUAAAACUAUGAUAAAGAGGACCCUGCUAAAGCGAGCUUACAGUCCAGAGGAAUAAAUGUGUUGUCUAUGAUAUGUAUAAUGUCACAACAUAUUCGUAGUAUUAAUGUCCUACAAUUGCUAAGGGUAUUUGUUACAUUUUAACAAUCAUGUAUGUGGUUGUAAGAUGAGAAUGCUAACAUUAAUGUGAAAUCUAAGUUCCUUUUUUUUUUUUGUCUGUAUGUAACAUAUUGUGGUAUGUUUUAGGUGGGAAUGACUGCACCAGGUACCCGACGUCACAUUUAUGACACAAAAACAGGGACAGAAAAAUGUGACAACUCCUCUAUGUCGCUGCAGAUGGGCUACAACCAGGGAGCCAACCAGAGUGGGCAGAUCUUUGGCCUUGGUCGGCAAAUUUAUGAUCCCAAGUACUGCCCUAAGGGCAAUCCGGGUGAUCUGGGAGACCCAGAUGAUCAGGAAGACCAGCAGGGAUACCAUUACCAUCAGGAGCAGGACUUCUGAGCUACUGUUGGUGGUGCUGCAUUACUCAACAUGUGUUUUACGUGGACCAUUUGUGGUCUUUGAAACUUUGAAAUCAUCUCUUAAGUCAAUCAAUUUCCUCUAGUCCAUAAAGAACACUGAGGAGGAAUGAACAUUAUUUUCUUUUUUUCUUUUAAUUUUUACAGACUAAACAAAAAAAAAAACAAAAAAAAUCAGAAACUUUUAUUAUGCAUAUUUGAAUGUGUAUGUACAAUUCUUAUUUUUAUUUAGAGAGCUUGUGAGGGGCGGGGUCCUUUAUGUUAUACUGUCCUGUAUAUCAAGGUUAAUUUAGAAUUAUACAUGUACCUUGCGUGCUCUCAGGGCUAUACAGUGUUAUUCCUCCAUAGUGCGGAAUUAUGGAGUUAUUGAAUAUCUCAGUGCCUUAUUGGAUUUAAAGCUAACUUGCCAAUGACUGUGACUCCUCCCUUCAUAGUGCAGCUAUUUACCUAAUAUUUGAAUGGAAAUGGAAGUUAAACAUGGAAAUUGCAUCCUCUUUUUAGUAUUUCAUGCAUCUCCUCAUUCCUUCUUCAUUGUAAACAUUGCCCCAUAUUUGCAGGACAAGGGCUUAAUGUUCUGUAGAUUUAACUUUGAAAAUAUAAACACAUGGUGUAUAGAAUGUGUAGAUGCCUCUAUAAAAGGGCAAAGCAAUCUGCAGUUCUAAAGAUGUGCAAAUUCUCUUUUCAUCUUAUGGGAGCAAACCAUUCUUUUUUGAGUAUAUUAUAUUUGUGUAGAAUUUUUUAAGACACUUUAUUAAUUUCAUACCUAUUUUCAAUUAAAGACCAAUGUACCUCCACUACCUGCCUGUGUCUUAGGGACUGGAGUGGCACAUAUGCUCCACGUGCCUGUUAAAAGUAAAAGAGUCCUCUGUGUAUUUACAAUUGGCUUCAAAUGAAUAUGCUUCACAAAGUAAGCAUAUCCUUUUAGACGAAGUCCAUUUUGCAAGAGCAGGAUAUUUAAAGGUUCCUGGAAAAGGCAGUAUUCCCUUUUAUUGUGCAUCUUCUGUGCAAUCUACAGAUAACGAUGACGUUAAUGGUUUAGCAUAAUUCUUUGUGAAUACAGAAAAUCAUUGGUUUAUCAUACUGUGUCACAGAAGACUUUCUGACCAAUAAAGUAAUCAGUACUAUAAGUACUAUGUACUUAUGGAAAGGAUGCUGUCUGUUGCAGUAAAGCAGGGGUGGAGAACUACAAUUCCCAUGAUGAUUAUCACGCCUAUAGACUGACAAAGCAUCAUCCCUGCAGUAAAGGGUAAAACCUCUGUGUGAUUAAUAAAACAUGGAGCUUUUUUUUUUUAAUCUCUUGUUUGUAUCAAAUACUCAACGCAAUUAGGCUUCAUGGUCAUGAACCUGGAACUUGUAUUUACUAAUUGUGAGUAGCUUACCAAAUUGUGAAUGCGCUAUGCUUAACAUAUCAGGGUGCUUAGCUUCCAGAUGAGAUAAAGACUUGAAGAAAUCUGAUAUUUUCUAUUACCAUAUGUGAAAAAAGGUACCACAACUCCAAUGAGUGUCCUGCGGAAAUUGAGCCCUGCUUUUAUUACAGGUGUAGGAAUAUAUAUAUAUUGUUACAUUACUAAGACAGAUUAAAAGGGUGAGUGCUCUGCUUUUAAUAUAUUUCAGUAAAUAUUACUGAAGUGUGAGCAGUGCACCAGAGAUAAGCGAAAUCCACAGUACUUCAAGGUGUGUGUGCCAGCAUGUUCCUGAUAUGUACAUAUCAGCAUCUCAAUCUAUAACUACGAGCUUGUACAUACACACACAUGCGGUCCACACAUGGUGCUGUGCAAGCACAUGUAUGCUCCAGGCUUUGCAUGCUUUUAGCAUCAUGGGAGUCGAAAGAAUAUACAAGUUGCUCAUAUUUUGAACUUUACUGCCUAGGAAUAAUUAAUAUCAUAGAAGCACAACAUGCUCUGCAAUUAAAUUUGGGUUUGUUGACCUGAAAUGCAGUAUGUGAAUUUUUUUCUGUGUAAUAAAUAAAUAUGUAAUAAAUGAUGGACUUGACAUUUUUUUUACGUUGUUAUGCAAUAGGGUGAUUUUUUAAUUAUAGUAUCUACUUUACUUGCAACGUUUUUGUUGUGAGUAUUGAGCCACAGUGAUGAAAUGUUUAUAUAGAUGUCACUACCACGUAAAUAUGAUCAUUUAUUUAUUUAAAUGCCAGUGGUCUGUAGGUUUAAGCACUUGUCCAUGUGGAAUGUUUAAAGAACACAAAGUUAAGAUAUUGCUUCAGGAAGCCGUGGUAAUGACCACCCCGGAUGUCCAGCAGAUCAUGUUGUGCUGUUUAAAUACAACUUUCAGCUUCUCUUUGCCCAUGUGAGUCUGAUAUUCCCACCUGAACACGGUAUCUUUUGAGAUCUGUGUGUGUUUUCCUGGCACAUCUUUUCCAUCAACACAUUGGCUUGUAUAGUGUUGUGUAACCUGUGAUAUGUACAAGAAAAGUAGUUUUCAAAUAUUUUAGCUCACAUCAUAAAAAAUAUUUAAUUAUAAGGUUCAUGAUAAAUAUAAUUGAACAAUUCUCCAUAGUUAAAGGACACUAUAGGAUCAGGAACACAAAUGUGUAUUCCUGACCCUACAGUGUUAAACACACUAUUUAGGUGGCUUAACCCCCUUUAAUAAGAUAAACAUUCACUUUUAUUCCAGUGCUGUGCAGGUCCGCCAGUGCUGGCUCUGUCCCGGUCCACUUGUCUGAUGAGUGGCCACUGGAGGUGUCCCUAGGCAGCAAUGUAAACAUUGCCUUUUCUCUGAAAAGGCAGUGUUUACAUUAAAAGACCUGCCGGGACAAACUGUACUCACCAGAACAAUUACAUUAAGUUGAAGUUGUUCAGGUGGUUAUACUGUGCCUUUAAAAAUAGAUACAAUUUCAGUAUGCAAAUUAACAAUUUUGUUAAAACAUUUAAAUGUUUCAUCUUUUUUGUCCGCCUCCCUUCAAGCUUUGUGUACCCACAGGCUGCAGAAAGUUGCUGUCCACUAUGUAUAAACUGGCUGUUUUUUAUCUUACUAAAACUGUUAAAGGACCACUAUAGUGCCAGGAAAACAUACUCGUUUUCCUGGCACUAUAGUGCCCUGAGGGUUAACCCUAGCUGGACCUGGCACCCAGACCACUUCAUUAAGCUGAAGUGGUCUGGGUGCCAAGAGUGGUCCUUUAAGGAAUAAAUAUAAUCUAAAUAUCUCGAGAUGUUGCUGUUUUCCAACUCUACCUGUACAUAUUAACAAAAGACUCCUGUUCUUUCAUGUAGAUACCACUCGGGUAACAAGUUCUCUAAAAGUUUUGUAUAGUACAGCAGGUAACCUCAUAAACUACUACUACUUACCUCUUUUCUCUUAGCGAGCAAAGUACAUGAUUGAUGAGGGUAUGAUGGCCAGAGUCUGCCCUUUCUUUUGCUACUCUCACCAGUUCAGACAGUGGAAGUUGUAGCUUCUCCACCCCGUGCCACCCAGUAUCAACCUUGGAGAAAAGUUUAGAUAGACACAGUCACAAAAAAAUAUUCUGUAGGCUCUGUAACAUACGUUCAUAUCAUAUGCUAAUAUUUAGCAAUCACUGUUGAUAAUUAUAGGUUCAUAGCAGGGGUGUUUAUAGCUAGCAAAAAGACCAGGGACUUCAGCCCAAGGAAACAUUUUAUAAAACCCCUCCACAUAUACAGACUUAAACUCUAUCAAAAUCUAUGCCACAUACUAACCCUCAUCUCCAGCAUGUUCUACGGAUAAUUUUAUGACAACAAACAUAGAAACCUAGAAUGUGACGGCAGAUAAGAACCAUUCGGCCCAUCUAGUCUGCCAGUAUUUCAAAAUACUUUUAAUUAGUCCCUGGUCUUAUCAUAAGUCUAAGAUAGCCUUAUGCAUAUCCCACGCAUGCUUAAACUCCCUCACUGUGUUAACCUCUACCACUUAAGCUGGAAGGCUAUUCCAUGCAUCCACUACCAUCUCAGUAAAGUAAUUCUUCCUGAUAUUAUUCUUAAACCUCUGCCCCUCUAAUUUAAGACUAUGUCCUCUUUUUGUGGUAGUUUUUCUUCUUUUAAAUAUAGUCUCCUACUUUACUGUGAUUAUUCCCUUUAUGUAGCUAAAUGUUUCUAUCAUAUCCCCCCCUGUCUCGUCUUUCCUCCAAGCUAUACAUGUUAAGAUCCUUUAACCUUUCCUGGUAGGUUUUAUACUGCAAAUCAUGAACCAGCUUAGCAGCCCUUCUCUGAAUAUCCUUCUGAAGAUAUGGUCUCCAGUACUGCGUACUCUUUGAAUGAAUUCAUUAGUAUGUAAACCUGUAUUUAUAAACUCCAUACUUGCUGUAUUAACUGUACACUACUUUUUAAAUCAACCUUCCUCCUAUAGCAUUAACCAUUAACCCCAAAUUUACAGCUUUAUACCUGCACCCACAGCAGUAUCUCACAAUGUACUGUAUAAUUAGCUUCAAUUAAAGUGGCACUGUCACAAAUUAGUCCCCUAAAUCAGGGUUUCCCACAUGGGACUCCAACCCAGAUCAGCACCCUAAUAGACCUGAUACCCGCACCCCUAACAUCCACAAUGCAGAAAACAUGGGACAAAACUUGUCUGCGAUAAAAUUGUGCCCCCUUUUAUUCUUCACAUAGGGAUGGAGCCAAGCAAAUUUGGGCAUUCUCUUCUGUAAUAUCUCAGAUAUUGUGUUUUAUGUUUCUCCUACAUGUCUAGCUUUAUAGAUGUUUCUACAGCAUAGGGAGUUUGCAUGACACGCGUAUGACUUACUUGCAAUAAAUUAAUGACUUCUUUACACUAUGACUAUCCAAAACCAGCCAAACCGGUACCUCUUUACAAACACAGUAUUAACCCAAAGGCACAAUACAAAACAAAAAUGUAUAAGAGUGCAAAAUCAACAAAAUUACAUUUACCACAGAUCUUUAGGGAAUGUAUACACAUUCUGAUGUCAUUCUCCUACAAUUCAUACGUUUUAUACACAUUUUUAUUGCUCCUUUGAUUUUCAAUUUUUAUUGUUAUUUUUUUUAUUGUAUAUUAUAGCACUUGUAAUUGAGUGGCUGCAUGAGUGUUUUUAGAUAGUAUUUUGUGAUUGGUUUUAACAGGAUUAGCUUGGACAAAGUUCGGAUGCCAAUAGUGUCACUGGUAACACUAACACUUUGAUUCAGGCCAAGUUUAUCCAACAAAUCUGACCCUUGGUGAUGAGGGUGGGGAGAGGCAGAAGGUAUUGUUUUUAUCACUUCCUGCAUCUGCCCCAAAAGCCUGGAUAAACUUGGCUUUUCAAUCAGAUGGUCUCAGAGAGACCACUAGAUUGGCACAGCGUGGCGUUUUGCCGCAUAUGUACACUAACCUCUCAAUAUUUCGUCAUGUGGAAACACUGGAUUGGCUGAGAUCAUCAAUAAUGAUGAUCUUAGCAAAAAAGCUGGAGCAACAUUGUGGAGAUCAGCGCAAGGCUGAAAGGUAAGUAAUACUCAUCUUUCAAACCCUCACACAAGAAAACAAAAUAGGUAGAUUAAAACUAUAACUUUAGCAAUACAUGUUUGUAUUCCUAAAGCUGUAAUGUUUAGACUACGUGAAAAGGUUUUAUUUACUAUAUUUUAUAUGUUAUUUUGACUUUUACGUGUAAAAAUCUUUCGCAGCUGAGUAGCAACAAUAAAGAC